AUGAAGCUAACUAUAAAAAUGGUUGCAAACGAAAAUACUGCUAAAAUUAAAGCAAAUUUUGUUCCCCGCGUGAAUCAGUUGGAUUCCAUACAACUCGAUAAUGAGAUAUCAAAUCUUCUCAAGCAGCAGGUUCAAAACAUUCUCCAAUGCUUACCGCCGGGAUUGCUUAGCCAUCUUCAGCCGGAGAUAAAUUUCAUUUUGAGUUCUGCACUAUGGAACUUCUCUAUCCGGAGCUCUUAUGCUACCUUUGGCCAACAGAUGCUCUCGAUCGCUUACGAGAAGGAUCAAUUGACGCAGGUUAAGCAAACACUCCAUUAUCUGUUGACGAUAUUCCUACCCUACGCCAAAGAGACCUGCCAGUUUCGUUGGACGAACUGGACGCGAUUGCAGUGGCUGAUACAAACGGUGGAAAACGCGCUGGUUAUUUUCAACUUGGUUAACUUUUUCAAAUUUCUAAGAACCGGCACACGACCCUCGCUGGUGGAUUGCAUUCUGCGUAUCAACCAUCGCUCUCUGGACGGUGCCAAGCGGCGAAACAUCGGUUAUUCGUAUAUGACGCGCGAGCUGGUUUGGGCAGGAUUUAUGGAGCUACUCGGCUUCACCAUUCCGUUCAUUAACUAUCACUCGUUGAAGCGAAAGUUGAGGAAUAUGCUACGAUUAGAAUCGAAACAUACAUCGGUCGAGCGAGUUGCACUAACAGCGGACUCUAGAUGCGCUUAUUGCAACGAACGAGUAAUCCUGCCCCAUCACAUGGGAUGCAAGCAUGUCUUCUGUUAUCUUUGUUUGAAGGGAAAUCAGCUGGCUGAUGCAGACUUCCAGUGUAAUGUGUGUGACUACCGAAGCGACACGUUUCGGAAGGUAACGGUCUAGUAGAG